AUGGUUGAUCAACAAGUUGAUCCAAUUUCAAGUGGUUCUACAUCCACUGUUAGGAUGGAUAUUCCUAGUCCUUUCUAUCUACACCCUUCCGAGAAUGCAGCUGUUCUUAAGGCUUUAUCUGUUAAGAGCAAAACAAGCUUUAUCAAUGGGAAACUUGCAAAACCCAAUCCAGAUGAUCCAAGCUUCCAACAGUGGGAGAGAUGUGAUGAUAUGAUAACCUCUUGGAUUUUGAAUUCCUUGUCACCAAAUCUAAGAGAUAGUCUGCAAUAUGUUAAUAAUGCAGAGGAAUUGUGGGCUGAAUUGGAGGACAGUUGUGUGUGCACUUGUGGUGGUAAGAUUAAGUUGGUGAAUGCUGAACAGGAUAGAAGACUCAUACAUUUUUUGAUGGGACGGAAUGAAAUAUACACUGUCAUCAGAGGAAACAUUCUCAUGAUGAGUAGCCUGCCUAGUAUGGCACAAACUUUUUCCAUAUUGUCUCAAGAGGAAAAACAAAGGGAAGUAAUUCUAGCACCAGCAGGAGCUCUUUGUUUUGUGACUUCUGCUGGAGAACAGGUCACACAAGAAAAAAUGUGCUACAAGCUUCAUGGAUAUCCAUCAAACUCAAAGUUUUCCAAAGGGAAAAGUGUUGUUUCUGCAGCAAAUAUAUGCACCUCUGAGAAUGAUAGGAGCCAAUGUGAAGAGGAACCUGAGUUGAGGAAAUAA